AUGAAGUUCUCCUUGGUGGCACUGGCAACCUUAGCCGGGGUUGCUGUUGCCGAUUUGGACCCCAUCGUUAUCAAGGGCUCCAAGUUCUUCUAUUCCAGCAAUGACACUCAGUUCUUCAUGCGUGGAGUUGCCUAUCAACAGGAAAGCACCGGUAGCAAUAGCUACACUGAUCCUCUAGCCGACCCCGUCGCUUGUGCGCGUGAUGUCCCUAUCAUGGCCAAGCUGCGCACCAAUGUGAUUCGUACCUACGCCAUCAACGCCUCGGCUGAUCACUCGGAGUGUAUGAAGCUCCUGUCGGAUGCUGGUAUUUAUGUCAUCUCCGAUCUAUCCGACCCCACAGUAUCCAUCGAUAGAAGUAAUCCUACAUGGGACACCGAACUCUUCGCCCGAUACACCAGCGUUGUCGACGAACUGGCCAAGUACAAGAACACCAUUGGUUUCUUCGCUGGAAAUGAAGUUUCCAACACCGUCUCUACCUCGGAUGCCAGCGCUUUCGUCAAGGCUGCCGUUCGUGACACCAAGAAGUACAUCAAGAAGAAGGGCUACCGUCCUAUGGGUGUUGGAUACGCUACCGCCGAUGUGUCCGAUAUCCGCGCAAACAUGGCCGACUACUUCGAUUGCGGAGAGACCGAUGAGAUUAUUGACUUCUGGGGAUACAACAUCUACUCGUGGUGUGGUGAAUCGACCUACGCGAAAUCUAAAUACCAGGAUCGUACCGAAGAGUUUGCCAACUACGGCGUCCCUGUCUUCUUCGCCGAGUACGGUUGCAACGAGGUCCAGCCCCGCGAGUUCACCGAGGUGAAGGCCCUGUAUGGCGAUACUAUGGCGGAGGUCUGGUCCGGUGGUAUUGUGUACAUGUACUUCCAGGAGGCCAACAACUACGGUCUGGUUUCCGCUGUCGAUAGCACCAGUGUCAGCACCAUGUCCGACUUCAAAUACUACUCCAGCCAGAUCGCCAAGGCCAAUCCCACUGGUGUCAACAAGGCUUCCUACACUCCUACCAACACCGCCCUGCGAAGCUGCCCUACCGUCGGAUCCAAGUGGGCCGCCGAGGCCUCCCCCUCUACCCCCUGCCGCCGAUGCCCAGCUCUGCGACUGCAUCUCUUCAGCACCGUCUGCGGCUACACCGACUGCAGCGGACUGACCGCUAAUGCCACUACCGGCGAGUACGGUGCUUACAGCAUGUGCUCGACCAAGCAGCAGCUGGCCUUUGCUCUGAACAAGUACUAUGUUGAGCAGGAUCGCUCCGCUGAUGCUUGCAAGUUCGCCGGAUCUGCAACGGUCAAGUCAGUCAUCAAGGCCACGGGUGUUUGCGCUGCCCAGAUGAAGGAGGCUGGAACUGCUGGGGUUGGCACUGUCUCUACUGAGAACACUGGCACUGCCUCGGCGACCAAAUCUAGCAGCGGUGCUAUCAGCAUGCACUCCAGCUCGUCGUUCGGGUCUUUCCAGGUGGCUGCCUACAUUGCCACCGCACUCCUGGCGGGUGUUGGAAUGAUCGCUCUGUAA